GGCGGCGGGGUGGAGGAGACACUGGGUGGCGGCUAGAGCAGAGGAAGGAAACGCUCAAGGUCUCGCCGCCUCUGCGCUGACUGGAUCGAGAUAGCAGUCUGGACCCCGGUCUCGACGCACGCAGCCCCUUCCAGUCCAUCGCUCCAUUCCACGUCAAAACCUCCUCCCCGGACUCGAGUCAGAGAAACCCCAACGCAGAUCCCCUCCUCGUCAGACCAUCCUCCCUCACCCGAAACAUCCAGUCCGAUCAAUCCCGUCUCCCCGCCGGACCAAAUCGCCGCCGCCGCGGCCACCCUCCUCUGGUCCGGCGCUGCCUCCGACGCGGCCGCGCGCGCUCCGCUCCGAUGGGGCACAGCGCGAGGAAGAAGAAGAAGAAGGGCGGCGCCGGGCGCAAGGCGGCCAAGGACCACGCCGCGCAGCUCGAGGGCGACCAGACCGCGCUCACGGACGAGCUCACGGCGCUGGCUGCAAUUUUUCUCGAGGACUUCAAAAUAACUUCACAAUCACCUCACACCCGAUUUAGCAUAUGUAUCAGGCCUUACUCUGAUGGCAUGGGCUUUGGAGAUUUAAAUGUUUCGGCUAUUCUUGACGUAAUUUGCUUUGCUGGUUACCCCCACAAGUGCCCGAAGUUGCGAAUCAUACCUGAGAAAAACUUGUGUAAAGAAGAUGCUGAUCGGCUACUUUCCCUUCUUUCUGACCAGGCAAACAUUUAUUCCCGAGAAGGGCGUGUUAUGAUUUUUGAUUUGGUAGAGGCUGCCCAAGAAUUCCUGUCAGCAAUUGCUCCAGCUACUGAUUCAACGACUACUGCUCCUCACUUAGGUUCAAAUACAAUACAGGAAGCAACUGACGCAGAUGUGAAAGCUAGCCUUGACAGUGGUCCUUACCCUGGAAUCUAUUACAUCUAUAACUCAUUCGAUUUGUAUAAUCAACUAUAUGAUGAUAAUAGUUGGCAAAGGCAAGGUUUCGAUCCUACAACUGAUAAUGCCAAGAAAAAUAUUGGAUCUCAAGUCAAUUCAAAUGUUAGAAGCAAGAGGAAAACAGUCAAUGAGAAAUCCCGUUUUUCAGCUGAUAAGGUCAAUGCUGCAAAAAGUUCAUCUCAGGAUAAUGGUGAACAGCAGCAUGCCAUGAAGCAUGGUGUUGUACGAGAGGUAGUUCCAAGUUUACCUGUUGUUGCAGAGGAAACUGAUAAUGACAGCAAAACUUUGUCCACAAGCAACGGAGGAGGUAUGGCAGAUACUCCAGAGAGGAGUUUCAGCAGUGCACAUGAAUCCGAGGACUCUGACCUUGCAGAUGAAGGUUGGAAUGAUGAAGAUUCUGCCCCAGACUCUGGCUCUUCAAAUGCACCAUCUCAUGUUUCAGACAUGUUUGAUGAUGCUUCGCAAAAUAAGAGAAAGGAUUUAAUUCUGGUACACUUGCUUCGGUUAGCCUGUGCAUCAAAAGAUUCUCUUUCAGCUGCUUUGCCAGUAAUAUCAUCGGAGUUAUGCAACAUAGGGGUUCUUUCUGAAUGGGCUAAGCAAUUAAUUUCUGAAUCUCCUGCUGUUUUUGGGGAAACUUUCGAUCAUGUUUUUGGGCAACAAAUGAUAUCUUCGGAGUGCUCUAUAUUUUGGAGGGCUGACAAUUCAUCGUCUAGGCCAAACUCCCGUUAUUUGAAUGAUUUCGAAGAGCUCCGUUCACUUGGUCAGGGGGGCUUUGGCCGUGUGGCAUUGUGUAAAAACAAGCUCGAUGGACGCCAAUAUGCUGUAAAGAAGAUACGCCUCAAGGAUAGAAGUCCUCAAGUGAAUGAAAAGAUUCUGAGAGAAGUUGCCACACUUUCACGAUUGCAGCAUCAGCAUGUUGUUCGUUACUACCAGGCAUGGGUUGAAACUGAAUAUGGUCAACAUAAUGUCGUGAACACUGGGGGGUCACGCACUGCUGAGAGCUCUAUGUACAGUUUCGACGAGAUCAGCUUGUCAGAUGCAGGUGCUGGAAAUAAGCAGGAAUGCACAUACUUGUACAUCCAAAUGGAGUAUUGUCCUAGAACCCUGCGACAGGACUUUGAGACAUAUAGUUCAUCUUUCAAUGUCGACCAUGCAUGGCACCUAUUUCGACAAAUCGUGGAAGGCCUAGCACAUGUUCAUAGUCAAGGCAUCAUACACCGGGACUUGACACCUAGCAACAUAUUUUUUGAUGUGCGCAACGAUAUCAAAAUUGGAGAUUUUGGUCUUGCCAAAUUUCUAAAGCUGGAGCAGCUGGAUCAUGACCAAUAUAUUCCUACUGAAGGAAUGGGCGUUUCAAUGGAUGGAACAGGUCAAGUAGGCACCUAUUUUUAUACUGCACCAGAGGUAGAACAGAAGUGGCCACAGAUAAACGAAAAGGUUGACAUGUACAGUGCGGGUGUUAUAUUCUUUGAGCUUUGGCAUCCAUUUUCAACAGCAAUGGAAAGACAUCUUGUUCUCACUGAUCUUAAACAGAAAGGCGAGUCUCCAGUAUCAUGGUCAACACAAUUUCCUGGUCAAUCAAAUCUAUUAAGACGCUUACUAUGUCCAAGCCCGUCCGAACGUCCAUCUGCGAUUGAGCUUUUGCAAAAUGACUUGCCUCCUCGGAUGGAGGACGAGUGGUUAAAUGAUGUACUUAGAAUGAUACAGACACCAGAAGACACUUACGUUUAUGAUCGAGUUAUAUCUACAAUAUUUAAUGAAGAUCAACUGGUCGCCAAAAUGCAAUGUCCGCAUGAAAGCAGUAAAAAAUCCACUUAUAAAAAUGAUAACAGUGAACUCUUGGAUUCCAUUAUUGAGGUUAGCAAAGAGGUUUUUAAGCGACAUUGUGCUAAAAGGUUCCAGAUAUCACCCUUGCAUACAUUGGAUGGAAAAUUUACUGAAAAUAGUGGAAAGACAGUGAAGAUCCUAACACAAGGAGGAGAGAUGCUAGAACUUUGCUAUGAGCUGCGAACACCAUUUGUUAUGAGCGUUGCUGCUAACCAGUUAUCAUCAUGUAAGCGUUAUGAAAUAUCAUGGGUUCACAGAAGAGCAGUUGGCCAUUCAACUCCUUAUCGUUUUCUUCAGGGUGAUUUUGACAUCAUUGGAGGUUCUUCACCAAUAACACAUGCUGAAGUUAUCAAGGUAGCUUUGGACCUUGUGAGACGUUUUUACAAUUCGAAGGCAAUAGUUAUUCGGCUGAAUCAUAGCAAACUCGCUGAAGCAGUUUGUUCCUGGGCAGGAGUUCCUCAGGAACGAAGACAGAAUGUUGCCGAGUUUCUAUCUUCUACUCUUGUUCAAUAUUGCCCAAAUAAGGCGGAUCGUAAGUCACAGUGGAGUUUGAUUCGAGGGCAACUAUUACAGGAUCUUCGUCUUUCUGAAGAAGUUGUUGAGAAGCUGCAUAAAGCAGAUCAGCGGUUUUGUGGAUCUGCAGAUCUAGUACUUGCUAGAUUAAGAGGGACCCUUUUCUAUGAUAAAUCUGCUUGCAAGGCUCUUGAUGAUCUCUCCACUUUCCUCAAAUGUUUGAGGGUAUGGUCAGUUGAAGAACAUAUUGCUAUUGAUGUACUUAUGCCUCCUUCAGACUAUUACUACACGGAUCUGUUUUUUCAGAUCUACUCAAAAGAAGGUAGUCCUGCGUCGAGUUCCCAUGAAAAGUUGCUUGCUGUUGGCGGGCGAUAUGAUAUGUUGAUGGAAAAUGCUUGGGAUAACACACAUAAAACCAAACCCCCGGGUGCUGUUGGUGUGAGCAUUGCACUUGAGAAAUUCCUUCCUAAUAAUCCUUCAUCUGACGUUGGGUUGCCAAGGAUUGAAAAUAGCAUCAGUGUACUUGUAUGUUCAAAGGGUGGCGGCGGACUCUUAAACGAGCGCAUGGAACUUGUUGCAGAACUUUGGGAAGCUAACAUAAAGGCCCAGUUUGUUCCUCAGGAAGACCCAAGUCUUCAAGAACAAUAUGAGUACGCCAGUGAUCAUGACAUCAAAUGCCUUGUGUUUAUCACUGAAGCAGGUCUUUCGCAAACAGAUCUUGUGAAGGUUAGACAUCUCGAUGCAAGAAAGGAGAAAGAUGUUGAAAAGGAAGAAAUUGUGAAGUUCCUGUCUGAAGCAAUAUCUUUACAGUUCAAAAAUCCUACAAUCUGGAGUUGAUUGGCAAUCUGCUCGUUAGUGAAUUUUGUUCAGGUUUGCUAUUCCAAAGGAUCGAUCGGUAUCAGACUUUUUAUCUACCUGUCCUGGAUAUAAUCUUUCCUAUGGUCAGGUGAAAGCAGUGUUGCCUUUCCAAACAUUUUGACCUACACCAAAUGCAUUCAUGAUGCUACAGUACAAGAUUGCAAGGUGACUGGUGGCUUUGUGCAAUCUUGGUUGUCCCUGCAUGGGCCAAGAUUAUGCGGUGUGUCUUCAGUUCAAGAAAAGUGAUUGUCCUGGAGCAGUAUCGCGGUCGAUGCAAGCUGACGGGUAGCUGUUGUACGGCAAUAUUGGCUGCCACCAUUCUGUGGAUAGCUAGAUGGGGAGAGUUGCUUCUGCGAUGUGAUCAUGGAGCUGCAAGGCUGCACAAUGUUCUUGUUGAUAGCGGAACAGCACAAUGUUCUUGUUGAUCUGCACAAGGUUCACCUAGUUACGCCCUUUGCAAUCUUUUUGCUUCAAAUUCUUACAGAAGGCAGUCUUGUGCAUAGCUCAAAUUGUUUACGAUCAUGUACCGGCCAAUUUAACUUCUUUGAUGCUCAUAGGAAAUGCCCUGUUUUGCAACUAGCUUAGCUUGACAAGCCAGUGCAGUUUUGCUACAUAUCAGUCAAAGUAGAAUGUAUGUAAUCUGUGCACGGUGCUAGAAAGCAUCACUUGAUUCAACUCAAGUGUUUUCGUCA